AUGGUAUUCGUGUCGAAAGCUGCUCCAGUGAAACUUUCAACUACGCCGGUACAUGAACGGAUCCUUGAAGCGUGUCGCAAUCAUGCUGCCGCCAACAAGGAUGCCGUUGUUUUCAUUGAUGCAGAGACGACAACCAAAAAAAAAUUGUAUCGAGACGUGGAGCCAACCGUUAAUAGUCUGGCUACUGCUCUCGUGAAAUUGGGAUUCAAACCAGGGGAUGUGGCUUCGCAGGCAUUUCCAAAUUGUCCGGAGUUCUUGAUUUCAAUGUUGGCAGUGAUGAAGUGCGGUGGAGCAAUGUCAAAUGCCAGUGCUAUUUUCACUGAUUAUGAACUUCAACUUCAGUUCAAUGACUCCAACACCUCUAUCGUAUUCACCGACGAAGAUCGUCUUGCCCGUGUCCGCCGAGCAGUGGCUAAAUGUCCGGGGGUCCGAAAGAUCAUAUGUCUGAGAACUUUCCCUCUGAGAGCCGAGUUUCCAGAAAAUGUUUUAGAUUUUGUCGAGUUGACUCAGACUCCGGAUCAACCAAUCAAUGUUAUUGUUCCACCAGAUUCCAUCGCACUUCUUCCAUAUUCAUCUGGAACCACUGGACGUCCAAAGGGAUGUCAAUUGACACAUAAAAACAUUUCUGCAAUGUUGGACAUUGCUACCAAUCAUCUUGAGACAGAAAUCGCUCCUGCAAUGUUUGGAAAAGAUAAGCCAACUUGGUCAAAGGAACAUGUACUUCUGUUACUUCCGUGGUAUCAUGCAUAUGGAUUGAAUACAAUGAUUGAAACAAUUCUAUUGGGAAUGACCGGAUUGGUUUUCAAAAAGUUUGACACUAUUGUCAUGUUGAAUAGAAUCAAAUUUUACAAAGUUAAACUCGCCUGGUUGGUACCUCCAAUGCUGAUAUUUCUUGCUAAAGAUGUGAUGGUUCCAAUCUUCAACAUUUCUCCAUUUCUGAAAGUGAUCAUGUCUGCAGGAGCAACAGCCGGCAAGCAACUUUGUGAAGAAGUUCAAAAACGUUUUCCUAAAGCAUGGCUUUGCCAGGCUUAUGGUAUGACUGAAAUGGUCCAAUUCACAACUUUUCCCCGUUAUGAAGAUGGUAAUUGCUUUGAGACAGUUGGUAGUAUCGGGCCAACUUAUGAAUUGAAAAUUCUUGAUAAGGAGGGUAAAGAGAUCACAAAAACUGAUACCGUUGGCCAGUUGUGCUUCCGUGGACCCACAGUCAUGAAAGGAUAUUUGAAAAAGGAAGAAAUCGGGAUAAUUGACAAUGAAGGAUUUUUGAAAACAGGCGAUCUCGGGAGCAUUGACGAAAAAGGGCGAGUUCAUGUGACAGGAAGAAUUAAGGAACUGAUCAAAGUGAAUGGAAUGCAGGUUCCACCUGUCGAAAUCGAAGACGUUCUUCUUCUUCAUCCAAAAGUAAAGGAUUGUGCCGUCAUUGGUAUUCCAGACGAACAAAAAGGAGAAUCUCCGAAAGCAUAUGUCGUCAAGAAGGAUCACACUUUGACGGAGGCUGAAUUGACCGAAUUCGUCCGUCAGAAGUUGUCCUCCUACAAAUGGAUUGACACUUAUGAAUUCACCGAUUCCAUUCCUAAGUUGGCAUCUGGAAAGAUUCAGCGAAAAAAGUUAAAAGAAAUGGCAAUGUCUGCUGGUUCAUCGAAGGAGGCGUCAGAUUCGGAAGCAAGUCACAAAAGUGCUGAGAGCUCAAUUAAAAGUGCCGAAAUUAUGGCGAAAAGUGCGGAAAAUGCCAAUAAAUGA